AUGCCGGAACAACCAUUACAAGCAGCGAGAAUAGUGUCGAGUGUCGCAGCAACAUGCAUUGCAUUGGCAUGUGGAACGAACUAUGCUUUCUCCAAUUGGGGUCCGCAAUUCGCUGAUAGAUUGAAGUUAUCGUCAACACAGAUUAAUCUGAUAGGACUAUUUGGGAAUCUGGGAAUGUAUUCAUGUGGGAUACCAAUUGGGUUAUUGGUGGAUGGAAAGGGACCUCGACCUGCUGUAAUACUAGGAAUGCUGUUGCUCGCCGCCGGAUACUUUCCUUUAUAUCAAGCAUAUAAUAAAGGGUCCGGAUGGCUACCACUACUAUGUCUCUAUUCAUUCUUUACUGGGCUCGGGGGAUGUUCUGCUUUCGCAGCUUCCAUCAAAACUUCAGCUCUUAAUUGGCCACACAACAGAGGUACUGCGACAGCCUUUCCUCUAGCGACUUUCGGACUCAGUGCAUUUUUCUUUUCAGCGUUCACUGCAUUUACAUUUCCAGGGGAUGCGGGUCAUUUUCUGUUAGUUCUAGCUUGUGGAACAAGUGGAACAGUCUUUCUAGGAUUCUUUUUUCUUCGGGUUAUACCACAUGCUCAUUACUCGGCCCUGCCCGGCCACAAUCGAUCCGAUUCAAAUCGCCUGCAUCGCACAAAAUCGGAGGAAAAUAAGCGACGAGAAGAUAGAGAUGCUUUGGAGGGUGAACCUGGGGCAGAGGUACCUGAGAACGGCGUUAUGUCCGAAAUCGACGAAACCUCCUCCUUGAUGUCAAAAUCAACCGAUGAAGAAUCAAGUGAAACUGUAGCCAAAACUGACAAGAAGGAUCAUGCUCAUCGUGUAGAUAUUCGAGGAUUCCAAUUAUUCAAAACAAUCGAAUUUUGGCAAUUGUUUGCUUUGAUGGGCAUUUUGACAGGUAUUGGAUUGAUGACUAUUAAUAAUAUCGGAAAUGAUGCUCAAGCACUUUGGCGUCAUUGGGAUGACUCCAUUCCAGAAGAAUUUAUCAUGCAUCGUCAAGCGAUGCAUGUAUCCAUCCUUUCCGUUUGUUCAUUCACUGGUCGUCUCCUUUCAGGCGUCGGUUCCGACUUUCUUGUCAAAGUCCUUCGCUGUAGCGGCCUUUGGUGUCUAACACUCGCCUCAAUAAUCUUCUUCAUCGCACAAAUCGCGGCUCUCAACACGGAAAAUCCACAACUCCUCUUCCUCGUAUCUUCAUUCACUGGUCUCGGUUACGGUUUUCUGUUUGGUUGUUUCCCGUCCCUAGUAGCUGAUGCGUUUGGUGUUCACGGACUAUCCACAAACUGGGGCUUCAUGACUCUUUCUCCCGUCAUAUCGGGAUACAUUUUUAACCUCUUCUAUGGCAUAGUCUAUGAUCGUCAUAGUAUUGUUAAAGAUGGUGGUGUAAGAGAAUGCACAGAGGGCUUACAGUGUUACCGUAGCGCUUAUCUGGUUACAGUUGGAGCAUCAGUGUUAGGUUUAGUGGUUAGUUUGUGGUGUAUAAGAUAUACGCAUUUGGCACGCAUGGAGGAAGCGAGAAAAAUUGAGGAGGAUGAGAGGGAUGAGUGA